AUGUCAUCCCGGAUGGGCGAGUCUGACGCAGCAAAGCCCUUGAUCCUCUACGCUACGGAGUCGGGAAAUGCCCAGGAGACAGCAGACAACAUUGCCCGCCAUUGCAGACGCAUUCAUGUCCGAUGUCGCGUACAGGACGUGGAGACUUAUCUUCCUGAUGACCUUAUAACUGAAAGCCUUGUCAUUUUUGUGAUAGCAACCACUGGAUCUGGCGUCGAACCGCGGUCGAUGACCUCGCUAUGGAAUAUGCUCCUGCGCUCGGACCUCCCCGCAGAUUUAUUCGAAGACAUACAUUUCGCUGUCUUUGGCCUCGGGGAUUCUGCGUAUGAACGCUUUUGCUGGCCAGCGAAGAAACUUUCCCGCAGAAUGAAGGGCCUUGGGGCAACCGAGAUAUAUGAAAGAGGUGAAGGCGACGAUCAACAUGUGCUUGGCACGGAUGGCGCUCUGGUAUCAUGGAUAGAAGGCUUGCUGGAUGUUCUGGCACAACUGUUUCUCUCUGCCGAGGGAACAAGCAGACUACCUUGGGAUACCGUCCCUCCUCCGAGAAUGGCUAUGACAAAGUCCAGCGAAGAAGAGUCUCCAGAUCCAUUAGCACAGGAUACAGCCUACCAUCGCGCUACGCUCAAGUGCAACAAGCGUAUAACGGCAGAAGAUUGGCACCAGGAUGUUCGCCAUUUCCAGUUCUCGUUUGAGGAAGAUGUACAGUACAAUCCUGGGGAUGUUGCAGUUAUCCAUCCUUUACAGCCAUGUGAUGAUGUCGAAGAGUUUCUGUCAUCCAUGGGUUGGGGAAAUAUCGCUGAUGAAGUCUACACUUUAGAACACGUCGAAAAGGAUCAGACCAUGCCUCACCAUAUUCCGCGUCGUGCAAGCCUUCGAACCAUCUUCACACGGUAUCUUGACUUCAAAGCCGUCCCUCGCCGAACCUUCUUCCAGUACCUCCGAUAUUUCAAUACGGACGAACAAGAGUCGGAGAAGCUGGACGAAUUCCUUUCGAUUGAUACUGCUGACGAGUUAUACGAUUAUUGCCAACGCGUCAGGCGCACAAUCCAAGAAGUACUUAUUGAAUUUCGUGGGUCCAAGAUACCCCUACCAUACAUAUUCGACAUAUUCCCACCACUUAGACCUCGAGAGUUCUCGAUCGCCAGUUCGGUCAAGAUGCAUCCUUGUGAGAUACAACUUUGUAUCGCCAUCGUUAAGUUUCGCACCCGCUUAAAAGUACCUCGCCGAGGAAUAUGCACCUCAUACCUUUCCACCCUGCAACCAGGCCAUAAAUUGACCAUUGGCCUGCGCCGCGGAUUUAUCAACCUCCCAGACCAAAAUACACAUAUCAUAUGCAUAGGUCCAGGUACUGGUGUCGCACCUAUGCGAUCCUUAAUCGAAGAACGUCUCUCUACUGACACAAUCCGUAAUACAUUAUAUUUCGGCUGCCGGUCUGCCUUAAAGGAUGAGCACUACGGCCAAGAGUGGAAUGCAUAUGCCAAAGAAAAGAAACUGAUGUAUCGCGUUGCUUGUUCGCGGGAUGGUCCUAAGGGGAUAAAAAGAACUUAUGUUCAAGACCUCAUACAGGCAGAUGGAGAAAGGAUCUGGAAAUUAAUAUCACAGGGUGCAUGGGUGUAUAUUUCAGGAUCAUCAAAUAAAAUGCCUGCCGCGGUGAAGGAUGCCCUUCGGCAUUCUGCAGUCCAGCAUGGAAGUCUAAGCACUGAGGAGGCACGGGAAUACAUGAAGAAAAUGGAGCUAGAAGGCAAACUCAUGGAGGAGUGCUGGAGCUGA